GAGUCUACCAUGCCUUGAUAAUGAGGUAUCGUUCUUAUUCAUGAUGUGGUUGAUUCUCCCGCUCGUACUCGUACUUGUACGUAAACCCAAAUAUCAUGGAGAUGAUACACGCACGCUUACACAUUUUCAACUCUAGGUCAAUGCUGCUGUAUUCCUUCUCCAUCGUUAAAGUCAACGGAGAGCCUAAUUCUACCUCUUCAACUUGGAUGAACAACGAGAUCCAUCACCCGAGAUCUUCAACACAUCGGAAGCGCUCUUCGCGGAGUUGAACUUGGAGGUGGACGUAGCAUGGCCGACCAUCUCCAAGUAAACGAAUCCAGCCAUCGUGGACCCUCACUAUCAUUAUUAACACCCCCCGACUCACCACCCGAACCAGACGCAAUCAUCGUACAAAUCACAAUCACCCCUCCAACAUCAACCUCGUCACUACCUCCACCUUCAUCUCCAUUAUCGUCAUCCACAUUAUCCUGGCCCUCAUCGCCCUCGUCACCAUCCUCAUCCCCCUCCGACACCGACUCCGACUCCGACGCACCAAUAAUAGUAUCAACACCAACACGCCGCCACGUCAAAAUCCAACGUAAAUGGACCUGCACCAAAUGCAGCAGCCGCAGAAGAUACCGCUUCACCUGCACCAACCGCUGCCUCCACUGCGGCCGCGUCCACUCCAACAAGAUUGAGGAACCUCCCAAGACGGGGCCGUUGUUCAUCUCCCGCAUGUUCAUGAGAGAUAAGGCUUUGCUUAGCCUGGAUGAUGGAAAUGCGGAGUGUUUCUACUUCAUGGUGGAACACGUGAAGCGGUGGAAUCGCGAUGGCCCACGGGCGGCGGCGACGAGGGCGAGGGCGAGGGCGAGGGCGGACUAUUCGGCGAUGCUCAUGGCUCGGACGGUGUUGAGGGAUUCGAUGAUGAGGUCGCCGCCCUGGCUCAUGAUGUGGCCUCCUGUUUGCGAGUAUGCGUGAACGUGGGCGGAUGGGAACGCAACCAGAGAAGCCAGUCAAGCGCGUACGCUUCAGCAUUCCCCGUUAGUACAUACAGUCAGGCCAUUGUGCAUAUACGCGAACUCACGAAUACAACAUGGAUAGACUUCCAGGAACAUUAUA